CUACUAGGUUCCUUCUUGAGCUUCAAGCCCUCGCCCUCCCCUCCCCAUGAUCCCAGGACCAGGCCCCACCAACAGCACCCCCGACGCGGGGUCCCGGCCACCGUCGGAGCCCGGUGGCAGCAUCUGGGUGGCGUCCGUUCUCUGCGUGGUCAUCCUGCUGACGGCGGCAGCCAACUCGCUGCUCAUCGUUCUCAUCUGCACGCAGCCCGCGCUGCGCAACAUGUCCAACUUCUUCCUCGUGUCCCUCUUCACGUCGGACCUGAUGGUGGGACUGGUGGUGAUGCCACCGGCCAUGCUCAACGCGCUGUACGGGCGCUGGGUGCUGGCCCGCGGCCUGUGCGUGCUCUGGGCCGCCUUCGACGUGAUGUGCUGCAGCGCCUCCAUCCUCAACCUCUGCCUCAUCAGUCUGGACCGUUACCUUCUCAUCCUCUCCCCGCUGCGCUACAAGCUGCGCAUGACAUCCCCACGCGCCCUGGCAUUGGUCCUGAGUGCCUGGGGUCUCGCGGCGCUUGCCUCCUUUUUGCCCCUCUCCCUGGGCUGGCAUGAGCCGAUCCGGGCACGGGCACCUGCCUCGGGCCAGUGCCGUCUGCUAGCCAGCCUGCCCUUCGUCCUGGUGGCGUCGGGGCUCACCUUCUUCUUACCUUCAGGCGCCAUCUGCUUCACCUACUGCAGAAUCCUGCUGACUGCCCGCAAGCAGGCUGUGCAGGUGGCCUCUCUCAACACUGGCAUGGCCAGCCAGGCCGGGGACACGCUGCAGGUGCCCAGAAUCUCAUACCCAGGCACGGACAGCAGGCGUCUGGCCACCAAGCACAGUCGGAAGGCCCUAAAGGCCAGCCUGACCUUGGGGAUCCUGCUGGGCAUGUUCUUUGUGACUUGGCUACCCUUCUUUCUGGCUAAUAUUGUCCAGGCGGUGUGUGACUGCAUCUCUCCGACCCUUUUCGACGUCCUCACCUGGCUGGGUUACUGUAACAGCACCCUGAACCCCAUCAUCUAUCCGCUCUUCAUGCGAGACUUCAAGCGAGCACUGGGCAGGCUCCUGCCGUGUCCCCACUGCCCCCGGGAGCCCCGGGCCAGUCCUGUCUCACCGUCCAUGCGCACCUCCCACAGCGGUGCCCGGCCGGGCCUCAGCUUGCAGCAUGUGCUGCCCCUACCCCGCUCAGACUUGGACUCCGACUCCUGCUCAGGUCUCUCCUCGGGCCUGCAGCAUGCGGGGCACCUGCUGCUGCCUGGCCAGGCCACCCGCGACCCUCCACCACCUGCCCGGGCCGCUGCCUCUGCCACCACGGCCAGCUUCUCCAGUAUGGAUCCUGCCGAGCCUGAGCUACUGCCGCUGCAAACAUCCCGGAACCCCCACGAACUGACCCGGGUUGGAAGCUGAUCCAGAAGGAGACAUGCAGAAGGGGCAGAGUCAUUGGAGAAUAACUCUCAGCUGAGCCAGGGACUGUGGCCUGGGUGGGUGGGUGUCCUGUGCAGGGUAGUGGGGGCUCAGGGCCA